AUGACAAAUAUCUAUCAUUACCUUCGAUGGCUUGGUAUUGCGGGCGGAGAGAAGAUCAUCUGGAAGAUGUGGGGUGGUAUUUUGGUUCUUAUGUAUUUGGUAAUAGAGAUUGAAGCGGUAUGGAAAGUUAUCAAAGCGCUUGCUGGUUGGGCAAUCACCCUGGCAGGAACGCGUAGCAUUACAGCUCGGUUGGCAGGGACAAUGUUUUACACCGGCAGCAUGAUAGGUCUGCUGCUCUGCUGGAGGCUAGCUUCAUCGUGGAAAGAUCUGGCCAAAUAUUGGUAUUCCAUAGAAGGAGGAUUGAACGUCAAAUGUUUACCGACGGACUACAGUAUGUCUAAAAAAAUGUAUAUUGUUACUGGAACGUUUUUGAUCUGUUCGAUAUUUGAGCAUAUUUUGAGCAUCAUCGCAUCAUCGGAAUUAGAUUGUCCGUUGGAGAAGUGUCUGAGGACGUAUGUUCUUCGUUCUCAUGGAUUUUUGCUCUUGGAACAUGAAUACAGAGAUUGGAUGGCUUUACCGUUAUUCUUCAUGAGUAAUUUGGCAACUCUGAUCUGGAAUGUCCAGGAUCUGAUAAUAGUGUUGAUGAGCAUGGGCCUGUCGUCCAGGUAUAAGAGACUGAACCAGUGCGUCGCCAUCGUGUCAGGGAUGGUCUAUAUGGAUGAGUAUUGGUGUAAGAACAUCGAGAACAUCAAAGUGCUGACAUGGAGGAGGAUCAGAGAGGAAUUCGUGAACCAGGCGAAGCUGGUGCGGCGGGUGGACACUGAGCUCGGACCGCUCAUCCUCGCCUCCAACUUCUUCAAUCUGUACUUCAUCUGCCUACAGCUUUUCUUGGGAUUCACGCGUGGCUUAUCGGAGUCGUUCUUUCAGCAAGCUUACUACUUUAUAUCGUUCUUCUGGUUCUGUUUCCGCACGGGUUGCUCGGUGCUGGCGGCUGCUAAUGUCAACAGGUCAUCGACCCUGGCCCUGUCUCACCUAUACCAAUGUACACCACAGUUUUAUAAUGUCGAGAUUCAAAGACUACAGAAGCAGUUGACUCAAGAUUAUGUUGCGUUGAGUGGAGUGGGAUUCUACUCAUUGAGUAGAACACUCGUGUUACAGAUGGCUGCAGCUGUUUUCACCUAUGUUCUUGUGCUGAUCCAGUACGACGAUUCAGGGCGCAAAUAGAAGAAGGAAAAAA